AUGGAGAAGCACAUUAAAUUUCCUGCGUCUUUCGGUGUGCGGUCUUUCCCUCCUGCUGUCACUUCUCUCGCUUGGCCUUCUGCCUCGCCUCCCUCUGCCUCGCCUCCCUCUGCCUCGCCUCCCUCUGCCUCGCCUCCCUCUGCUUCGCCUCCCUCUGCUUCGCCUCCCUCUGCGUCACCUCCCUCUGCCUCGCCUCGCUCUGCGACGCCUGCUAUCGCUGCCGUUUCUUCGGCCUCUGCUGCUUCGUCGAGUCCGCCGUCCUUCUGGGUGACUGCAGCGCCCUGCUUCGCCGCCGCACUGUGUCCCUGCGCGUGGGUUCCUUGUGCCUCCGAGCCGGCUGCGGCGCCCGCCCCCUCCUCCUCUGCGAGUUUGUCUGCGGACGCAGACGGACUACAAGGACAGCCGUUCUCCUCCGCCUGUCUCCACGACGAUUCUCUUUUUCGAGUCGUUCAGAGGAUGAACGCGGUCGUGCUGCGCGCGCCCUCGCCCGUUCCCCCUCCUUGUGGCUGCCGCUCCUACGCGCCGGCUGCGCCGGGCAAGCACUAG